GCAGCAGCAGCAGGCCUUGGCUACGUUGGAGGCUACGUCAUCAACGCCUACAGGAGCUAUGACAACUUCCUGCAGGACAAGUAUGCUCUGCUGCCAGCAGUGAUCAUCAUCUGCGUGGCCGUGGUCAUGUUCAUCAUCGGGUUGAUUGGCUGCUGUGCCACCUUCCGGGAGUCCCGAGUUGGCCUGGGGCUGUUCUUGGCCAUUAUCCUGGUUAUCUUCAUUGCAGAAGUUUCAGCUUUUGUCCUGGGAUUCGUUUACAGGGAAAAGGUGAAGAGUGACGUGCAAGGCACGAUGAGCUCAGUCUUUGCAAAGUAUGAUGGGAAAAAUUCCGAGUCCAUUGUUGUCAAUUACUUGCAAAACCAG